AUGAGUAGUGACUAUUCAGACGAGGAGCCAGUCACCAAAAAAGCAAGAUCUGCUACUUCGAAAAAAAAAGUCUCUGCUUCUGACCAAUACCAAAAACUAUCACAAUUAGAGCAUAUCUUGAAAAGACCUGAUACCUAUAUAGGCUCUGUAGAAAGGCACACAUCUGAACAGUGGGUUUACAACGAAGAUUUGAAAUGUAUGGAGAAAAAGACAGUUUCAAUAGUUCCAGGUUUGUUCAAAAUUUUUGAUGAAAUCCUUGUUAAUGCCGCCGAUAACAAGAUUAGAGAUCCCUCGAUGAAACGGAUAGAUGUGAUUAUUAACGAGGAAGAAAACGUUAUCUCUGUGAAAAACGAUGGUAAAGGUAUCCCAAUUGAAAUCCACGAUAAGGAGAACAUUUAUAUUCCAGAGUUGAUUUUUGGUAACCUUUUGACCUCAUCCAAUUAUGACGACGAUCAAAAGAAAGUCACUGGUGGAAGAAACGGUUAUGGCGCUAAACUUUGUAACAUCUUUUCGACAGAAUUUACCGUCCACACCGCAGAUAUGAGCCACGGUAAAGAAUACACACAAGUUUGGAGAAAUAACAUGUCUGAAGUGGGGAAACCUAAGAUUUUGAACUUCAAAAAGAAGAACGAAUUCACCGAAAUUAUUUUCAAACCCGACUUAUCCAAGUUUGGCAUGGAAAAGUUAGAUCACGAUAUUCUAGGUGUUUUCAAAAGAAGAGUAUAUGAUUUGUGUGGUUCAGUUAGAGGUAUCCGGGUCACUUUAAAUGGUGAACUGUUGAAAAUCAACAAUUUUAAACAAUAUGUUGAAUUAUAUGUCAAAGCAAUCAACAAAUCUAAGGAAGAACGUCCCCACAUACCAGUUAAAAUUGAAACCGAAGACGGAACACCUUUGAAUGGCGAGUCAGAAGCGAAUACAGAAACUUCCUCAACUCCUGAACCAAGUUUGAACGAAAAUCUGCCAACGAUUGUUCACGAGAUCAUUAAUGAUAGAUGGGAAAUUGCAUUCUGCAUUUCGGAUGGAUCAUUUAAUCAAGUUUCCUUUGUCAACUCCAUUGCAACAACUCUUGGGGGUACACAUGUCGAUUAUGUUGCAAAUAUGCUGUGUGGUAAAAUUACCGAACAAAUCAAAAAGAAGAAUAAAAAAGCUAUUAUUAAGCCAUUCCAAAUCAAAUCGAAAAUGUUUUUGUUCAUUAACUGUUUGGUUGAGAAUCCAGCGUUCACUUCUCAGACAAAGGAAUAUCUAACUACACAGCCUUCAAAGUUUGGUGGUAAACGAUUGGAAUUGCCAGAGAAAUUUAUUAAAAAAAUUUUAAAUACCGGUAUAAUUGAUGAAGUGUUGGAUAUCGUUCAGGCUAAUGCUGAUAAGGCCCUCAAGAAAACAGACGGCGCAAAGAAGAGCAGAAUUACUGGUUACCCAAAAUUAGAGGAUGCAAACAAAGCUGGUACUAGAGAAGGUUAUAAAUGUACUUUGAUCUUGACCGAAGGUGACUCUGCAAAGUCUUUGGCGGUUCAAGGCCUUGCUGUUGUUGGCAGAAACUAUUAUGGAUGUUUCCCCUUGAGAGGUAAAGUUCUAAACGUCAGGGAAGCAAGUACUGACCAGAUUAUGAAGAAUGGUGCCAUUCAGGCUAUCAAACAAAUUAUGGGUUUACAACAUAAGAAACAUUAUGGCCCUGAUGAUAUAAAGAGUUUGAGAUACGGCAGAAUUAUGAUUAUGGCCGAUCAAGAUCAUGAUGGCUCCCAUAUUAAGGGCCUAUUGAUUAACUUUUUAGAGGCAUCGUUUCCGGGCCUUUUGGAGAUUCCUAAUUUUCUGAUUGAAUUUAUUACACCGAUUGUGAAGAUUACAAUUAUGAGUGGACCUAAUAGGCGGAAAACCAUUCCAUUUUACUCAAUGCCAGAAUAUGAGCAGUGGAGGGAAACCGAGGGAUCCACUUGCUCUUAUAAACAGAAGUAUUACAAGGGUUUAGGUACCUCUUCAGCACAAGAAAUGAGAGAAUAUUUUACUCAAUUGGACAAACAUUUGAAGAGAUUUGAUGCUUUAAGAGAUGAAGAUAAAUCAAGCAUUGAUUUGGCCUUUUCGAAGAAGAAAGCUGAUGACCGUAAAGAAUGGUUAAGAAAUUACCAACCAGGCACUUACUUAGACUCAACCUUAAGCGACAUUCCGAUUUCAGAAUUCAUUAAUAAAGAAUUAAUCCUCUUCUCUAUGGCUGAUAACGUCAGAUCCAUUGCUUCUGUUAUGGAUGGGUUCAAGCCAGUUCAAAGAAAGAUUCUCUAUGCAUGCUAUAAACGUAACUUGAGGGACGAAAUUAAAGUCUCGCAAUUAGAAGGUUACAUUGCCGAACAUACUGGAUACCAUCACGGUGAUGCAUCCCUAAUGCAAUCGAUUAUUGGUUUAGCACAGGAUUUUGUUGGUUCUAAUAAUAUUAAUUUAUUGGUUCCACAUGGUGGUUUUGGUUCUAGAGCGGCUGGUGGUAAAGAUGCAGCAGCAGCAAGAUAUAUUUUUACGGAGUUAUCUGCCAUCACUAGGAAAAUUUUCAAUCCUUUGGACAAUCCAUUGUUGACCUACGUUCAAGAUGAUGAACAAACUGUUGAACCUGAAUGGUACACGCCGGUUUUACCAAUGUUAUUGGUAAAUGGGUGUGAAGGUAUCGGUUCUGGUUGGAGUACAUCGAUCCCUCCAUUUAAUCCAAGAGAUAUAAUUGAAAACAUAAGGCUAUUGAUGGACGGAAAAGAGAUGAAAGAAAUGACUCCAUGGUUUAAAGGAUGGACCGGUGCAAUUAUACACGAGCCUAGUAAAGACAGAUGGAGAUUGGAAGGUAUAAUUGAAGAGCUUGACGAUAACACUCUUGCGAUCAGUGAAUUGCCUGCUAGGAUGUGGACCAUCACGAUGAAAGAAUUUCUAUUGAAUGCCCUUGCUGGUAACGAUAAACAAAAGCCUUGGAUUAAGGACAUGGAAGAAGAACAUGGUGUUGGCGUUAGGUUUAUUGUAAAGCUGUCUGAUGAAGAAAUGGAAAAGACUAGAAGAAUUGGUCUUGUGGAGAGAUUUAAGUUAACCAAUACUGUUAGUAGUUCCAAUAUGGUUGCGUUUGAUCCAAGUGGCAAAAUCAAAAGGUAUAGCCAUGCAAAUGAAAUCAUCAGAGAUUUCUACUAUGUCCGGUUAGAAUAUUAUCAAAAAAGAAAGAACUAUUUGGUAAAGGAAUACUCUAACCAGCUAGAAAAAAUCAGUGCCCAGGCUAAGUUUGUCAAGUUGAUUAUUGACGGUGAACUAGUUGUUGGUAAUAAGAAGAAGACAGUUUUAAUCGAAGAAUUGAGAAACUUAGAUUUUCCAGGCUUCGAUAAAAAGAAUGAACCAAUUCAAAUGAAGUUCUCUAGCAUCAAAGACGAGGAAGAAGAAGAGAAUGAUGAUGAAGUAGCUGCACCAUUAGUAGAUCCUUCAGCUACCGCAGAUACAACAGAAACGGGAUUAAUUGUGUCUAACAAAAAAACAAGCUCGAUGCUAUACGAUUACUUACUCGGUAUGCCAAUUUGGUCUUUAACCAAGGAAAGGUAUGAAGCUCUUUUGAAGGUUAGAGGUGAAAAAGAAGAACUGUUGAACACUCUUCUACAAAAAUCGCCAAAAGAUUUAUGGAAUGAAGAUAUUGAUGAAUUUUUGGCCGAAUGGGAAAAGUUUUUAAUCGAGGACGAGGAGAGGAAAGUGUCCUCAGUUACUGGUAACGACAAUGGAUCCACGAAGAGAAAGAGGAGGGCUCCAGCUAAAAAGAGGGAAACAGCUAUAAAAAAAGCUACGGUAAAGAAAGAAAGUGUUAACAAUGGCCCGGCAAAAAAGAAGGCGAAAACUGCUGAAGCACCACCACCUGUCACUGAUAGUGUCAAGAAAUCAGAGGAUAUAAAUGAUUUUGAUUCCAUAUUUGAGAAUUUUAAAAAGGUGACGGACACGCCUACUUCUACCGUUGCCACAUCUUCAUCAGCUUCUUCUUUGCCUUUAAACUCCGAGAAGUCCCAAACCAAAGCUGCUUCAAAGACACCUGUUAAAUCAAAAGAAGCGCCUAGGAAGAAGAAAACGGCCAAAAUAGUAGAAAGUGAUAUAAGCGAUGAUGAAAGCGAUGGAUCGGCUGAGUUUAGCAUGUCAGACAGUAAUGACGGUGAAGAGGUUGUUGUUGCACCUAGAGCAACCAGGAAUAGAAGAAACAGGACUCCUGUAAAAUCAUACACUCUUGAAAGUGACGGAGAAGCAUCUGUGAUUGAGUUAUCUGAAGAUGAAGAAUAUGUAUAA